AGCGAGUAGAGCUCGGCGGCGGGGCGGGCGGCGAGCUUUCAGCGCUCCCCUCCCGAGGCCGGGCGGGCGGCGCGCGCGCAGCUGCCGCCAGUCCCUUCGCGACGCACCUCGCGACAACAUGUCCCCUCUGUGGAUCUUGCUCACAUUGCUCCCCGUCCUGGGGGGAGCAGAAAGGUUCAACUGUAAAAGUCGGAUCUUAGGCGCAUACUACGCGGACGCCAAGUCAGGAUGCAAGGCAUUCCAUGUGUGCGUGCGCGUCGCCGGCGGAGGAAUACGAGACUUCAGGUUCUUCUGCCCCCCGGGCACGCUGUUUCACCAAGAGGCCCAGACCUGCACGGACUGGGGAGACGACGACCCUCUGGCUUGCCCCGCAAACAUCUACGACGGUCAGUUCGAUCUCUACAGGAUCGGAUCCGGAUUUGACAACAAGAAGUUGUCGUCUCAAGGAAAUCGCGAUGAUGAAGCCGAGUUUGGUCUGCAGCGUGCUGAGACCGGCGACCGGCGUCUUUCACAGAACAACGCCAAUCCUAACCGCCCUGACUCUGACCUCCGCGCCGCACACUCGUCAGAUUUCUUCAGUGGUCAGCGUGACCGCGGUCGUGACGAGCUCGCUAACUCCGCGCCCUCCUCCACUCCUGCUCCCUCUCAAAACCCUUACCAGCGACAGUCGUUCCGUAGAGCCACCACACCAAGAUCAUUCCCCACCACCCAGCGAACGUUCCCUACAACUCAAUAUACCUCUCCUGCCCCAUCCCCGACGACCCAACCUCCAGUACCACCUCAACAGUACGACGUCGCUUCAAAACGUAAACUGGUACGAAAACGUCCAAUUUACGUGUCGACAAAAGCACCUCCCACGACCUUGCCCAACAUCUCACCCGAACAAAACUACCCAGAACCAUUUAAGCAACAACAGCAAAAACAACAAAUGCAAAACCAGCAACAACAGCAACAGCAAGAGCAGCAACAACAGGCUCAGCAAAAUAACUAUAACCGUCGUGUACCCGCCCAGAAUAAGCAAGCCUACACUGCCGCUCCAAGCGUGCCUCCACAGUACAAACAAUACAAGGAUGAAUAUGUUGAGGUCCCCAGAGUGACUCCAAAACAGAGUAACAGAUUCUACCCGAGCAUCGCUCCUUCUACGUCCUUCCCACAGCCACCAUCUACUGCUGCUCCAAGAUUUAACAAAAAGGACGGUUUGAUCGAGUUAUACAACUAUGAUGCACAGUCGACUCCGGGUCUCAACACACAAAAAGAUAACCGCCCCUUUAAAGUUAAGAACAGUUUCAAUGUAGAAGACGUUCCAAGAGAUCCCGAAUUCUCUCGCGUGAAGAACUUCAAUAACUUUAAUAAAGUGGAAAACAAUAGAGAAUUCCCUACGACCACUGACUACAGCUUCUCUGCGAAAACAUUCCCCACUACCACGCCAGCAUACAAGAACUUUAACAGCGUAUCGUAUGAACCAGAAAAAAAUAAUUUCUUGCCUUAUUCCAAACAAAAUCAAUUCAACAACCCAACAACUACGUUUGCACCGAGCACAACUAUUUACACGACUUCCCGUCCCGAGCCACCACCGAACUUGAACACUGUAGCGUAUAAUACUAACAUCGCCUUCAACACGCAAGCCGCUAACUUUGCUGACAACGAUGAAGAUGAUGGUCAGUAUCACCCUCCUCAAGGUGAGGACGACGGGCUCUACCGACCUGAGAUAUACGAGCGAGAACUGCUCUCGGGCGCACACUCCCUGAACAUUGCUGCUAGCGGCAACAGGCUACCAGAAGACAGGAAGACUUAUGCGAAGACGCAGCACCCACCUAAACACUCGGGCCAGACCGCUGCCCCUAGACCAUUCAGGCCUGCCCCCACACAGACUGUGCCUCCGACUACGAGGGCACCUGAAACAACCUAUCCUACAACGUCCCAGCCACAGACAGUCAACACGCAGCGCACAUUUGAUUACUUCCAAACUUACACGACAACGUCUAGGCCUAGUAGUUAUCAAGCAGAACAAAACUUUGGUAAUGACGCACCCGCUAGGCCUACGACGACACUAGCUCCCAGAGCGCCGGAGACGAGGCCGCCGCGCCCGCCGAGCCGCGCGCCGCUCCCGCCCGCGCCGCCCUCCACGCCCGCGCCCCGACCGACAACCCGACAACCGCACUUCGCUAACCCCGCCAGCAACAAGGAAGACAACAGCUACGACUACGCCUACUACGACUCUGAUCCAGGAUUUACAGAAUAUGAUCAUAUAGAAGAAUUUGGUAAAACUAAAACAAGAGCGUAAUAAUUAAUGUAUUAUAUUAAAUCACUGCCAUUAAAUUAGUCGCCUCUUUAGGAACAUACUGACGAAGUACUUAGUUCUCUCAUGCUACGUUAUGUCUAUAAUUGGCCCUAAAACUAAAUUCUAUUUGACUAUUCAUGACAAUUAAAUAUAUAAGUGUCACUGUCCGUUUUAUAAAAGAACACUUAAUGAUAUAGUGACUAUCAAGUACAACAUUUGUAAAUAAAGCAUGAAGAUAUUUAUUAGGAUUAUCCGUUACGUAAACGUAAAAACAAACACCAGUUUUAUUUAUAUCUAGAGAGGCUUACCCGUAGUUACCCUAAAUUAUUUGUGAUAUUACUAUUGAUGUUUCUAUUGGAAUAAGUCGUUUGUUACUGUGUUAGUAUUUACAAACAAUCGAUGACGUAUUUAUGCAAGUACAUGUCGUAGGUACUCUCACUUGCUGACAUUGGUGUUUACCGAUAUAGAUUUAUGUUUUAUCUAUGUACAAUAGAAAGUAAGUUAUGACGAUAGAUUGUAAAAUAUUUCAUUGUAAAUAAAGUUUUCUUAAUAAACAA